AGAUUCUUGUCCGCUUUAAAUUCUUCGCCUCACUUUGUCGGGCUGUUGUUUGCCCAGUGCCAUAUAUAACCAUCUGUCGUCAAAUCCAUCGCAUUCAGUGCCACAACAUCAGUCUUUCCAUUGACUGUAACUACCUCUACAGCAUCUCAACUAUUGCAGUGCUCGAGUAACCAAAUCCAAUCCAACACGUGCAGCUGCAGCCGCUCCCUGCAAGAAAACCAGGGUCCAUCAUGGGUUCGUCCCCACGUCCUCGGGCCAUGUCGCCCCCCGACAAACGUGUGAUCGAUCCGAUGCGGGCGUCCACUGGAACAAUGCAACCCGGCGCAUCCUACAACGAGCCCUACGAUCUUUCUACCGGUCGUCACGGACGCAGUAGCAGCCAGUCUACCGCAGAUAUUCCCUACACGAAUUCCUAUGAUCCUCGAUUAAGCCGAUCCCGACUCGAGGCUCACCCUGUCUCCUCUUCCACCUAUCGAAGCCCGGAUCAGUCCACCUCUAAAUUGCGGACGGAAUAUACCAUCCGUCCUCGCCAGCGGAGUAGCACCUCUGCUGCGGACGGUCGUCACCCUGCUCCGUUAAAAGUCACCGUGUCCCCCAACGUACAGAACAGAGCUUCUCCUAUCAUCACACCGAAUUAUGGUCGCUCCUCCAGUCCUUGGACCUCGGACCAAGGGUAUCUGGUACCAGCAUCGCCCCGUCAUUCACAUCGUCGCUUGUACUAUACAAAUGAUUCUAACCGGCUGGUCCGGCCGCGGAGAAGACAUGGGGGAUAUCAUGGCGAGCGCAGUACUCGACCAAGGUACCCUACUGUGGAAAGCCUUCGCCAAGGGGACUUUGACGACUGGGGUUCUUACUCCUACACCACCCAAGAGCAGAUGGAAAAGGACCGGAUGGAUCGCCUAAACCGCGGUCGUGGAGCUCACCGCCACAGCCGUCCUCUGAGCUUGACCGGGGUGGAGGGCCAUUAUAUACCGUCAUCAUUGAAGAACGAAUCACGUCCUCACGGGCCCCCUCCAUCGCAGAGAGGGUUUGACAAGUUGGAAGGGCUCACCCGGCAUUCAACUUACAAUAGCGAUCGUGAGUCAACUGGCUCACGAGCGUCCCACAGGGCUCCAGUAGCCUUACAUCAGGAUUGGGACGAUGGCUACCAUUCCUCUUACCGAGAUGGCCACUACGAUGAUGGCCAUUAUAACGGCCACCAUGACGGCCAUCGCCACCGCCAUCGACGCCAUCGUCAUCACCGUCACGACAGCCGCGAUGAUGACUACCGAUCAUCGAGGGGCCACAGUCGCACUGACUCUGCUAGUGGAUCGGUGACAGGCACUGGGACCGGCCUGGGCACAGCGGUCCUGGCCAGCGGCUACGAAAGUGAUUGGGCCGACUACCCUUACGGAUAUGAUCACACUAGACAUCAUGGUCGACCCGGUCGGUCGUCUAGACGGUACGAGACUGACGCGGAUCCCUAUACUUCUGAAGAUGACCUCCGCGCAUAUCAGCGUGAGUCGCCCGCUCGUCGUGAAUCGCCGUCGGAUAACGGAUCUCAACCCUUAGCGAUCGAAGAACCACGUUCGCGCAGGACUUCGCGCUCGCGGACCCGUAUGCCAGAGGGCCGCCACUCCAGCCGACAUGUCCCGAGUAGCAGCCAGGAGGACUUCAAGAAGCCAACGGAGUCAGAGCCACAGAUUAGAGGCAUCUUGAAGCCCCCCCGGGAGAAAUUCCCGGAAGACCCGAACCCGGUGCGGCCGGGCGUGGCACCCCUGAAAGACGAGGCUCAGAAGAAGGGCAUUCCCCUGGACGCACGUUGGACCAGAAUUGACCGCCGGCUAGUUAACCCGGAGGCUCUGGAGGGGAAAGAUCGGUUCUCGAUCACGGACGAGCAGCCCGACUGUGUGUUUGUGCUGCGGGUGUUGACGAAGGAGGAAAUCCAAGCGUAUGCCAUUAGGACGCACGAGAUUCGAAGUAAGGGAAACCUUUCCCUCUUUCUCACAUACGAGGCUAACAAGACUGAUCAGGUGAGCGAGCUCGGAAAUACCGAGAGUACCGCGAGCAACGACGGAGUAAGAGGGAGGAGCGUCGACGGUCGGGAGAGGAAGUGAGCGCGGAUAGCGAAGAUAGCGAAAAUAGCGAGGAUAGCGACGAUGAGGACGAGGACAGGGAACAGCGUGC